GUGUGUGUAGUGCACACUCUUUCAUUUCCUCGCCCGCCACAUACAUUUCAAUAGGUUUUUAUCCAGGUUAUUCCUUUUUUUUCAAUAUUACUAGAUAUAAUACAAACUCUUUGGAGUUAGAAUUGAACUUUGUUCCGAACAUUGGUCUCUUUCAUUCAGUGUUUGCUCAAUGAUGAUUUUCGGAUAUAAAAACAAAUGUUUCAUUUGGAUAGUUUGUCCAUUAGUUUUUUGCUGUUUGCUGUUCAUAUUGAUGAAAAAAUGUUUCAUUUCUUAACUUUUCAAUUAUGUUUAUCAACAAUAAUAUUUUCCAUUACAACUUUAUCAUCAUCAUUAGCUAAUGGUAAACAAGUGGAUGUAACCGAAGAGGCAAUAUUUGAUCUAUCGAUUGGUGGUAAACCUGUUGGCACUAUUGUCAUCGGAUUAUUUGGUCGUGAUGUGCCGAAAACGGUGGUAAAUUUUGCACGUUUAUCAAGUGCACAAGGUUUCCAAGGAAAAACUUAUCGUAAUUCACGUUUUCAUCGUAUAAUACCAAAUUUUAUGAUACAAGGUGGUGAUAUUAUUCGUGGUGAUGGCCGUGGUUCAUUCUCCAUUUAUGGUGGUCGAUUUGCUGAUGAAAAUUUUAAUAUUAAACAUACCGAAGCCGGUUUAUUAUCGAUGGCAAAUUCUGGCCCAGAUACGAAUGGAUCACAAUUCUUCAUUACAUUAGUACCAACACCAUGGUUAGAUGGUAAACAUGUUGUAUUUGGCAAAGUUGUUUCCGGUAUGGAAGUUGUUAAUCAAAUUGCCGCUGUACAACGUGAUGCUAAUGAUCGUCCAUUAGAAGAUGUUAUUAUAACUAGAUCGGUAACACGGCCAGUUAAUGCACGAUUAAUUAUACCGAGUCAAUAAUUGUAUUG